UGUAAAGGGUUCUGUCCUGUUUUCACUAUAGAAUGCAUCUGCUUCUCUGAAAUGCAUAGGGUCACAGCAAGUUGAAAGGUGACUUGAAGGCAUAUCCAUGCAUACAUGCUGAUCAGUUUUUAUACUUGAAAUGGGGCAUCAGGAACGAAGCUCUUACUUGCCUCAUGCAGCCAAAAUGUUGUGAACCAGCUACAUUCAUACAGUUAUUAGCCCUUGAUUUGACCCACUUCAUAGUGCUAGAUGAUUUUUUUGGGGGGAGGGGGGAUGAUGUCAUUCUCAAGACAAAAGAUUAAGCCAUUUUAUGUGCAACAAAUCUGUAGUAAAGAUCACUGAAACAAAUCUCUUGACAUGUCCCACAUCUUAUAAAAAAUCUUUAUGUGACCGUUGUUGAGCCAGAAGUGACAAAAAGUGUACUUUUUUUCCAGCUUUGAUUGAUUAAAAUGCUGAUUGUAUUUAAGGUAAAGUGUAAAACCCCACCACCAUUCUGUUGUCCUCUUUAAGUAGGAUUUUUUUUCUUCCACUCUAUACAAGUAAUUGUUUCUGAUAAUUAACAGAUUGCUUAUGAUAGUAAUAAUAUUAAGGGGGGACAUUAGAAGGAGGGUACUAGUCCCCUUGUCUUUUGUUAAUCAUUGCCUACUGAUAACCUGUGGUGUUGAUGACAGGUUCCUGUUUGCAUUGAAAGAGUUGGUGCAGAGACACAAGGUUGCUAAGAUCUGUCAGAUGACACUUGCUCACAUGAGACUAUUAACAGGGUGUUGCAGCCGGUUUUAAAACAAGUUUGCAACUCAGGAGUGGAUGAGAAAGCAGCAACCUCUCUAUCCAAGGCCAUCUGGUUAGGUCUUGUGAUCAUAUAAUUGUUAGCUACAGAAGCAUUCCAGGAAGCAAGAUAUUCGCAGUUCUUAUUAGCUGUUGCAUCUGACAGCAAGUUGGCUGAAUUACUGGAACAAACAAGCUAUGCUAUUGGUUUAAUUUUUUAGAAAUAUAUGGUAUAUUAUAAGACUUCAUAGUUCUAUAGAUAGUGAAUAUUUGCAAUCAGAAGGAGUUAAGGUUACUGUUUUCUAUGGAGCAAACCAACUGAAUGCUGUCCGGGUUGUGGCUGCUGAUCCUCCUAGUAAGAAGGCUGAUGACUAAUAGUUUUGCAGCUCAGUAUCUCUUUUGAUAUUUUUACAUAUGCAUUGCUUAUUUUGAAGAAGCUGUGAUUGUGUGUGUGACAGAGGGGGGGACACCAGUGAGCUCAAAAUGUGUGGAGGUACACCGAAGGCUUCAAACAGUACAGGAAACAAAAAGGAGAAAGCAAGGAAAAUCCAUGUUUCUGCUUCCAAACUGGUAAAUGACUUUUCAGUGCCGAGAUUGGAUAAGGCAAGGAAACCACUUGUGCCAGAAAAAGAUGCCAAACAUUCCAAAAGAGUUGCUGGAGAACUAUCAGGCAGCUGGUCGUGUUCAGGGUUUGACCAAAAUGAAAUCCGCUUGAUAGUGUAUCAAGAUUGUGAGAGGCGAGGCAGACAGGUCUUAUUUGAUUCCACUGCAGUCCACAAGACUGAUGAGACAGGGUUUCAGGAUGCUUCUGGGAAGCCAUGUGGCAAAUGCUGCCAAGAAUGCAGGGGGUCCAGUACAACUUUUCAUAACUCUUCAAUGGACAGCAGACAGACUGUCAAGGAAGAUAUUCCAAAGUAUCAGUACACCAGGCCAGCAUCUGAUGUCAACAUGUUGGGAGAGAUGAUGUUUGGUUCAGUCGCAAUGAGUUACAAAGGCUCCACAUUGAAAAUUCACUAUAUACGGUCUCCCCCGCAGCUCAUGAUGAGUAAAGUGUUCUCUGCCAGAGUAGGAAGCUUCAGUGGAAGUACAAAUAGUUUGCAAGGUAGUUUUGAAUGCAUCAAUCAAGAUCCUGGCUUAGGAAGAGUGAACAUUCCAAACAGUUUGGGCCCCUGUCGGAAUGGAGGUAGUUUAGGUGCGUUACAGCUGUGUAGCAACAAACUGCUGCACGGUGUGCCUGAAGGGGGGUCCCUCCGGCUCAUCCGGAGUGCUUCCUUUUUUGCAGCUCACAGCACACCUGUUGACAUGCCUAGCAGGGGGCAGAAUGAAGACAGAGACAGUGGCAUUGCUCGCUCAGCAUCUUUGAGCAGUCUUUUGAUGACUCCAUUGCCAUCUCCAAGCCCUUCUUCUAGUAGCUUCCAGCGCCGUUGGCUAAGAAGUCAAACAACAAGUCUGGAAAAUGGCAUUUUCCCCAGGUGCUCCACUGAAGAAAUGUUCAGCAUGGCAGAUGAAAGCUGUAGCCUCAAUCCUGCAAUGAUUCGUAGGAAGAAAAUUGCCAUCAGUAUCAUUUUCACACUGCCAGAAAAUGAAGAGGCCCAGAGGGACUUCCAAGAUUUCUUCUUUUCUCACUUCCCUUUAUUUGAAUCACAUAUGAGCAAGCUGAAGAGUUCAAUUGAAAUGGCUAUGAUCUCCUGUAGAAAAAUAGCAGAAACUAGCCAAAGAGUGCAAGUUUACAUCAGCCGGGUCAUGAAUGCACUGGAUGAAUUCAGAGCUACAAUCUGGAACUUGUAUUCAUUUCCAAGAAUUGUAGAGCCUGUGUGGCUUACUAUGACGUCUGGUGCUUCAGAAAAGAAUACUUUAUGCCAGCACUUUCUCAAGGAGUUCACUUCUUUGAUAGAGCAGACUAGCAAAAACCAAUUCUUAGCUGCUCUAUUAACAGCAGUGCUGACCUAUCACCUGGCCUGGGUCCCAACAGUGAUGCCAGUUGACCAUCUUCCCAACAGGACCUUCUCUGAGAAACGCGCUUCUCAGUCUGUGAACUUUCUAGCAAAAUCUCACCCUUAUAAUCCACUCUGGGCACAGCUUGGUGACUUGUAUGGUGCAAUAGGUUCACCUGUCAGGACGACAAGGACUGUAAUUGUUGGGAAACGUAAGGAUUUGGUUCAGCGGAUACUCUAUGUCCUUACAUAUUUUUUGCGGUGCUCUGAGCUACAAGACAAUCAGCUGACCUGGAGUAGGAAAGUUGGAAGAGAAGAGCAAACUCUGAAUGGAAGCAAUAUUACCACAGCUCUGGAAAAAGGAGAAACUGAAGAAUCUGAUUAUGUGGUUGUCACUGUUCAAAAUGAACCUGCUCUCAUACCUCCUGUUUUGCCCCCAAAGCGUGGGAAGCACGGGACUACUGCAGCUCUGAAACGUGACAAUUGCUUUGAGCCUAUCUGCUUGAAGGGAAAAUGUGAAGGAGAAAAUGCUGAGCAGUUCUCUGAGAUUUCCCCUUGUGUGUCCAGAGAUGGCUUCCCAAAAGGAAUUGUAGAGGAGACUAAGAAGGGAAAAACUGUGGGCAAUUCAGGACCUGCUUCUGAAGGGCAAGCUAAACUGGAUCAUUUAACAGCAAGGAUGCAUAAUGGCAACCAGUGUUGUGUAACAGAAGAGAUGCUUCUUGGCUUGGCAGUUGUACAGUGCCCAGAGAAGUUUGACCAAAAAUACCCUGUUUUGGAAAGGGUUACCUUCCAGAUUGGAAGUUCAGCGUCACCAGAGUCUGAUUUAGAGACUCAAAGAAAGGAGAUGGAUAAAACUAUUGGGGUGUACAGGGCUAAGAGCAAAUCUCCAUAUGUUAUGUCAAGUCUGCUUUCGCAAUCCCAGCUUUGUCUUAAAUCACGGACAAAGCAGAAAGCUAGUAAAAUGCAAGCACUCUGGUUGUCAUCAGAUCAGAUCAUCAGAUCUGUGUCACCUGCUAACAAAGUCAAGAUGAUAGAUUCAGGAACACUGGAGAAAGCUAAAAGUACAUGCUGUGAAAACUUGGAAAGAAGUUCAUUUGAAUGUGAUUCAGGCAAUCCUUAUGUUGAGCCAGGAUCUGUCCAAGUAGUUACUCAGGAUAUCCCCUAUGGGGAUGCUGGCAGGAAACAUACUUUUAGAAUGGAAGAGAACAUUCCUAGAAAUGAAAGCUCUGACAGUGCCCUGGGCGAGAGUGAUGAUGAAGGCAGUGCAUAUAUUCCAGAUGUACCAUCUCUAAACUCUCCCAGCAAUAGACCUGAAGAACUUUCUGAGGUGGAACUUCUUUUACCAAGAUCCAGCACAAUCAGCAACCAAAAUGUGAAGCAUUUUGGAAGGUCGCUUCUGGGUGGCUAUUGUGCCUCAUAUAUGUCUGAUCUGGUGUUACAAGGAAUAAGUAAUGAGGAGCAGCUUAAACAGUGCUUACCAGCCGAAUUGAGUCAUGCUGUGAAUCAUCCUGUUCUAGAUGAGCCCAUAACAGAAGCUCUUUGCAUUAUUGCAAAUACAGAUAAAUGGACUGUCCAGGUGGCUACAAGUCAGAGAAAAACUAUGGACAAUAUUAAACUGGGCAAGGAUGUCCUUGUUUCCAACCAAGUGUCUUCCUUAUUGCAGUCCAUUUUACACCUUUACAAACUUAAUCUUCCUGCUGACUUUUGCAUAAUGCAUCUCGAGGAUCGUCUACAGGAAAUAUACCUCAAAAGCACAAUGCUGUCUAAAUAUUUGCGAGGUCAAUCAAGAGUCCAUGUGAAAGAACUUGGAGUGGUGUUGGGGAUUGAAUCCAACGACUUGCCUUUGCUGGCUGCUAUAGCAAGUACUCAUUCUCCGUGUGUUGCUCAGAUACUCCUCUAAACUAAAAUGAUGAAGGCAAAAGCUUCCUUGGCAAAGUGAGUGAAUUUAGGUGUGAAGAACAGCAAUACCAAAUGUGAAGUGGUGAGGAGUGGAGGACAACAGGUGACAGCAAUUCGUUCUGUUACUUUUCCCACUGCUGGAUUUUGUCUGAACACUUAUUUGUGGGUUUCCAGUUUACAUAAAAUAAAAGACAUUCAGGGUUUUUAUACUGGCACGCAGCCUUGCAUUGUAAUGGACAAAACCAUUAAACACUGUUGGCAGAUAAACUGCUUAGUAUAUGUUGUUUUGAACCAAACUAAAAGGAAAAAAAACAAGUAUUGUUUCCUAACUAUUGCACUGGUCUUGUUCUGAUUUGCCUCCAACUGGAUUUCUUUAAAAAAAAACACACACAGCAUCGCAUCCCUGUGCUGGGAGGACAAGCUGGAAGAUGUAUACAUGAGUAAGCACCUGUGUUACAGCACUGCCCUUCUUUGGAAGAAGGACUGCCAAUAUUGCAGUUAUUGUCAAAAAAGCUGCAACUUCACUCAACAUUCAUGGUGAAGAAGGACAUUCUAGAAUCUCCAUAAUGUUAGAUGAAAUCGGAAGAAGCUGCUGGAGUCUUCGGUAAAGCUACUGAUAAAGUCUUCGAUGUUUAUGCCAGGUCUUGAACUUGUUUUCUGGCCUUAUUGAAACAUUUCAGACCUGCUUAUUUGUCUUAUACAAUCAGCCUUCAAAAGUGUGUAUUUGAAUCUUAAAAGCUGACAUGGUGGUGAACUUGGCAUAAACUCCCAAUGGUUUAUUUUAAAACCCAAGAAUACUGUUGCCCUUUAGAUAAGAGACCACACUUUAGCCACCCUGUGCAAGCAAGAUCCACCUCUUAAGUGAAUUCAAGAAAUGUACAGAAGAAAUCUCAGAAGAGAUGUCACUGAGAAGAGGAAGGGUGGUAUUGUGACAGUGAAAUUCAUUAAGAUAAUUCCAGGUAUUUGAUCCAACAACUUUUGCACUAGCCUCUCAGUGCCUUCCUCCACUUGUUACAUUUUGACUCUGGAAGAGAAACGUAAGUGACUUAAAAAUCCAAAAUAUAAAUUCCUCUUUUAAACAUUUUUCUGUACUAAUGUAGAGCCAUGAACAUCUUGGGUUUCAAACAUAGGGCCUUUCUCUGAACAGAUUCAGUGUAAACAUGGUGACUUCUAACAUUUCAAGCAACUUUUAAGUAAAUUUGUUUGUGAAAUUGUAACAAACAAAUUCUGUUUAAUUGCUCCUUAAUUCUUGCGAGUUAUUAUACUGGGUGCAACUCAGAGAGCUAGUCAAUAAACCUAAAAGAAUUAACUGUCCUUGGUUAGCUUUAAAAAUGAAUGAAAACUUUAUUGUCUAAACUGAUGAUUUAAGUUAUGUGGAGAAAAUCUACACAAGCAAGGUUAAGGAGAAAUGCCUCAUUCCUACAUCAGCAUCAAGAAACAAAAUUAAUUAGCAUUCCAUAUUUAUUUUAUCUGCCAUACACUUAUAUAGCCUACCCCCACCUAUUGAUUCAUCUCUGUUUCCAAUUUUAAAAUGUGCUUUUAAGAAAAAGUAUAGCCUGAAUAGCCCCAAAUUAAGAUUGUGAUUUCUAGGAAUGUAGUAAAAAUAGCAUUAUUCAAAAACAAAAACCUUUCCACUUUUUUCCCUUUUAAAACUACCUCAAUUGACAGAAUAAGCUGCCAGCAGGGGGAGCAUUAGAUGCUUGCACCUGUUGAAUUUUCUGAUGGAAUGUGCUGUAACAUUUGCAGAGCAAGUGCUGUACCAGUGAGGUUCCAUGGUUGUGUUUUAUUUCCCUAUGUCAAUUUUUAAAUAUGAUAUGUAUAUACACAAGAGACACUGAACGUGAGAAGAAGGGGGAAGCUCCUAAAUCUUCCAAAGUCGUUUAUUUUUCAUGGUGUGUUAGCAGUAUUUUGUAUCAAAAGAUUACAUAAAAUACCAUGUUUUUUAUUUCCUGAGUGGGAGCAAAUCUCUUCAAUAUUUCAUGUACCAUAUUUUGCAGUGAUAAGAAAGAGUGGCUUCCCCCCCUCCAAAUUAAUGUAUACAAACAUGAAUAAAAUGAAAUCUGAUGUCUUAUUAAUAGAUGUUUAUCUUGAUAAACAGUUUGUAAUAUAUCACAGUGCAAUCAGAGUUUUACAGCUCAAUGUCUAGCAUUCAAAAAGUAUUUAUUAGUAUACUAGGUAUUAUCUGAAAUCAACAUCUCAUUUUGAAGGCUUGAUUGUCUUUUAACUUUUUAGUCAGGUUGAUAAUUGUACUGCUAAAACAGUUGUCCAUACACUAAAAUAACAGUUGCUUUUUUAAAGAAACACAGCAGCUGUUCUAGUUGUUUCAGUGAAGCAUGUUACCUGGAUUAGAUGAAGUAACGUGACUUUCUAGGGAAAGAUAUGUGUGUGUGUAUUGGUGUGAUAUGUCUCUAGAGAGAAGGUGCAAAUACUGUAUUAUGAUUGCUUGGAUACCAGUGUCAAACUUCUUACUUUGGGGCUGUAAAUGUACAGUAUCAUUUAUGUCAGUUUACUUGUGGCUUUAGUGCAAUAAAUUAUAGAAUUACAUUUUGUCAA